GUGAAAGUUCAUAUCCAGAAGUGCGCAAACUGUAAACCUUACCUGGGUGGAUACAGAAGCCGUAAAACUGGUAAAGAAUACCAUCAUGCUUCCAUGCAAACGCGCCCUAAGCCUAUUAAAGACAAUGGGAUUGUCAAGUACCAUAGAGAAACCCAAACCGUAAAAUCAAAAAACAAGUUUCAGCAGUCUACUAACGAUACUGCGACACAAAUGACUACUGGUGGAACAUAUGUGGCAAAUCUAACCGACAAAUUAAUUGCCCCUGGUAAAUAUUUAGAGGCAGAUGUUUAUCUUGAGAAUAGAUUACGCAAGAUAAUUACCUUACAAUCAUAUAUAAGGAGGUGGUUAGCCAAAAACUACGUCAACAUGAUUCGAGCUCAAAGAGAUACAAGGUUGGAAUGGGAAAGGCAAGAAAUUGAGAGAAAGAAAUCAGAAAAGGAGGAAAGAAUUCAACGAGAGUUACAACGUCGCACUAAUCCGCGCACGAAGGAAGAUUUUGAUCUUUUAUACUGUGCUCUUGAGAAAUGGCGUCAGGAGGAAAUGUCUAUAAUUAACAAGAACAAAACUGGAGCUCAACGUAAGGCAGCUUUGGCUGCCUUGCUAGAACAAGAAACUCAUCUAAUAGCUUCUAUUGAUCAGCAUAAAAUUAUUGCUGAACAAAACAAUAGAGAGAGAAAUACUCGUAAAUUCUUAGAUAAGGCUGCCGAUGCUAAAAGGUGGAUAUCAGUUGAUGGUAAGGUAACGGAAAUGGAUACGGCUUAUACCAUUCGAGCCAAGCAAUUGCGGGACUUAUAUACUAGUAUUGUCAUGAAAUACUUAACACAAGAAGAACGACUUGAUGUUUUAAUGACUUUAAAGCAUACAGUUAAGGAACAUGAUUGCAAACUAACACGAGAGAUCGUAGAGCUAACAGAUCGUGAAGCGGAUUUAUUGACACGCGGAGUAAAAGAAGAAAAUUUAGAAGGUCUACGAAAGCGCAUUUGUACUUUGUUUCUGGAAUAUGUUAAAAAUCCAGAGUUUAAUCCUGAAGCUGCUAGGCUAUUGAAAGUGCCUACAGAUUCAGCGCUUCUUCCGAAUAGUAUUGCCUUCUGUCCUAGUUGCAAUCAGUAUAAGCCGUCGACAGAAUUUGUACUGACAAGUAAUUCAAGAUCAGUUGGAAAAUGCCGAAGCUGUCAGAAAUUAGAUAAUGAUGCUAGGAUGAGGCAGGAUUUGUCUCUGUAUCGUAAAAUGCUACGGAAGAUUCGUCAAAUAGAGGAAGUAUCUGAUCCUCUUGCCCGUAUUGUUUUCCUGUUACAAGAAUCGGAUUUACGUUAUUUGGUAGAGAAUAUAUGGAAUUCAAAAAGUGCUCUCAGUUCGGAGUCGGAUCUAUAUGACAUGAUCUUAACUCGAUGGGAUAAACAACAGGAAUGGUCUCCAUGGAACUGCAUAUUAUUAUCAUAUGAUGAAGCUGAAGCACAUUUGAAGCUGGAUUCUAUCAGUGAGUCUUACAGUGCCCCCUUUAUACAAAAGAUUCAUUACAAGCAUGUUUUGGCCCGUAAUCAUUUUUCAAAUUUACCAAAAAUGGCAAAAUCUUUUAGUAAGAAAACAGUUUCUAAGCAGUCUUCCAGAAUUGUUCCUAAAGCUUUACCAACUAUUUACCCAAAGUCGAAAAAAGACAAAAGCAUUUCAGAAAAUACAACGUUAAGCGGUAGUAGCGAAGUCGAUGUUAAUUAA